AUGCUGAGAAGGGAAACUACCGUGAACUGCCACGCUGGUAAGGAGCCGCCUGAAACGGCCGCAGCAGAGACUGCAAAGGGAGCCGCAGAUGAUGCGGACCUGGACCUUGAUGACCUGGAGGGCGAUGACGAUGAGGACGACCUCGAGGUAGACGGCGCAAGCGAAGGAGGAGAGCCUGAAGCGGACGAUUUCGACAAGGACAUGCCAGAGGAAGAUCGCACCAUGCGAAUGAAGAUCUGCCUUGCAGGUGCUAUGGCGAGGUUACAUACACACUCUGAGGAGGUCUCGCAGCUGGCCGCGCAGCUUGCCGAGCGGGGCCUGAACAAGCAGCAGGCCAUGAACUCGAUCUUCUAUACCUGGAUGAUAACGUGCUAUGUCAAAAUCCCAGAUGCGGAUGCCAAAGCCGCAGCGGAUGGCAAUUCUGACGUGUUGAAGGACGCGCAGCUUUAUGAGCCACCAGCGAAGGCCUCCAAUAGACAGUGGGCCUUGCUGGAGACUGUGCUGAAGGAGCACGUGGAGAAGCAGCAAGAGGCAAUGAAGAAGCAGGAGCAGCAGAAGGCCCAGGGCCAGAGCCAGCAAUCACGACCGGGUGCAGGCCAAGCUCCGCAGGAGGAACACCCGAGCCCUGGCUCAGGAAGCAAGCUGUACAUGCUCUUGGCGCUUGGCUUCAUCUUCGGGAUCAUCGGACUUGGAAUAAUGCUCCUCAUGCAGAAGGAGCAAAGCGAAAGAAAUGAAAGAGAUAGAAAAAAGGAUAAAAAGGCGCGAGACUCUUACGCUGGAGCCACACCACAGCAUACUACACCUGCCACUGCCACAGGCAUCGAAGAAAAAGGCGUAGCGGAUGCGCCAUUGAAUAGUCUCACUGUUUGUGUCCCCGCGGUGGUGGGGCGAGUAGUUCUUUACUCGGGGAGUUGGGAUCGUAGCUUGUGCUUGAUGCUGCCUGAAUGGCCAAAGACAGCUAUCACCACGCAGAGAGUGAGAAAGGAUCACCCCCACCUGCGUGUUUAUUAUGCACUUACUUGGUGCGGGCACAACACAGUUUGUGCCGCUUGGGUCCCCACGACGUGGGCACGUAGUGAAGACCUGACAAUUUCCUCGUUGCUGUCGGCUCUGAUGUCUCAGACGAUCGGGGUUCUGUGUUGGAAAGUUAGCCAUCUGUGA